GCCGCAUUAAGCCGGAAACGAAAUCCAUGUGCUUGUGCUGGCCACAUUACAGUACAAGUACACUACGUACACACACUACACUGAAAGGUGAAAACACAAACACUGCAACGCGCUGGAGAUCGCAGAAUGUGCUACAGAACGCACGUUGGUGAGUUGUCAGUGAAAUUGUGAGCUGAUGGUUCCAGACAUACGCAUAUGCAUUACCUGACAUUGCGCGGUAGCGUUGAAAAGCUAUUUCUUCACAUGCAGUUCUGACAAGUCUCAGGUGCCUCCUCGUCUAAAGGAAAAUGCUCACUCCAGCUUUCAAUCUGCGUCAGGAUGAGAACUUCCUGGUAAUCGAAAUAAAAGCUCCGUAUACAAAGAUUUCAGAUGCAGAAAUUUUCUUUGAAGAAGAUGACUUCCGUUUCUUUUCCUCACCGUACUAUCUGAGGCUCCUCUUGCCUGGAAAGGUGGUAGAGAAUGGCACUGAGGCAGCCAAAUAUGAAGCAGACACAGGAACGUUUGUGGUGUCUAUGGCCAAACAGCAGCCUGGAGAAAUGUUUGAAGGUUUGGACUUGCUGACUAAGCUGCUCGCCCCCAGACGAUCCACAAAGCCACCGACUAUACAGGUGCUUGAUGACGAGCCACUAGACUGUCAGAUUGAACAGGUGCCCUGGACAGCACAGGAUGAGGAAGAUCUGAAACUUGGAGGCCGACACUAUGGGUUUGCGAGGCAAAGCACUGGCGUGAUAGCUCGUCUCAAGGAGAGCAUUCCUGAGCUGGUUGAUAUAUGUGACCCCGAGCACAAGAGCUUGAAAGAGGCAAGAGAAGAGAGAGAACGUGUGGAAAAUAAGCAUUUCAAUGAGGAGCACUACCUGUCUCAAGACAAAACUAAGGCAAAGUGCAUGCAAUGGGCUGAUCUGUAUGAUGGUGACACCAUUGAAAGCCUUCUCUGCGAACCUACUACCACGAAGUCUGCACAGUUCUCAGAGGAAGAGAAAACUCGGAUGUGCCGGUUGCCACGUCGGGAAUAUAUCCUUUUUGUUUUCAAGAUCCUAUGGAUACUUUUUCAUUUAGGUUUCCUUGACGGUAUUACACAUCUCCUGAAGGAGAAGAUGCAGCAGACCCUACUCCUAGGCCUAGCGGAUAUCCUCUUUGCCUAUGCUUAUGACUUACGAAUAACCCAGGGAGAGCACUGUGUGGAAUCUGCCUGGACAAUAAGCAAGCUGAGUGCUACAUUGUCAUGGUUCGAGGUAAGAUUUGAAAGUGCAGAGAGUGUCGUUCAGAGCUCUAUCCGCAGGAGCCUCUGUUACCCGCUCUACCGCAGUUGGAAGCUGGCACAGAAAGUCCUGAGUGAUGUCAUAGUUUUCCUGCGCAGAGGAACAUGUUCCGUGGUGCAGUGCCUACUGGAUGUGCAUGCCAUUUUUGAACAACACGAUUCAUGCUAUGUUCUCAAUCAGCUGUACAUGGAUGACUAUGCUUCUUGGUCACAGCAUCUGAGGACAGAAACUUUGGAGGGACUUGCUCAAGAGUUGAGUGAGGUAAACCUAAGCAAGUCAAGCCUCAAUCUGGACCUGGAAGAGCUGGAAGCUGGAGCAGAUGCCGCACUCACCGAGCAGGCCUCUGAGCUGGCAGAUGCAGUGGUCACGCUGCAUCUCGACUCUGACGACAGCGAAUGACAACGAGAUGUAUCACCCAGAAAUAAAUACUUUGUCAAACU